AUGUCGAAAACCUCUAUCGCCACCGCCGCUACCACUGCGACUUCCAUCCCCGGCGUAAGGCAACGACAACCCUCCAUCCCCGUCAUCGCCGUUAGCAAUGAAGAGGCUACAUCCCCCGAAAGACCAUUCAAUGAGUCCGACGUCCUCAUAAUCGGUGCCGGCGUGGCUGGUUGCGCUCUAGCCGUCGCUCUGGGCAAACAAGGCCGAAAAGUCACAUUACUUGAACGAUCGCUCAAAGAACCCGAUCGUAUUGUGGGCGAAUUACUACAACCGGGCGGUGUGCAAGCGCUGGAGCAAUUGGGUCUUUUGGAGUGUUUGGAGGGCAUCGAUGCGAUCGAAGUGGAUGGGUACGAUGUGAUUUUCCACGGCACCGAGGUCGAGAUUCCAUACCCUGCAGAUAAGACCACGGGGGUCAUUCCGCAGGGUCGAAGUUUCCAUCAUGGUCGAUUCAUUAUGAAAUUACGAGAAGCUGCAAGAACGACCCCGAAUGUGACGAUAGUCGAAGCAACAGCCACAAACUUGAUCAAGUCCCAUUCGGACGUUAUCGGGGUAGAGGGGACGGUGAAUGGGAAUUCGGAUCAUUUCAUUGCCCCAUUGACCAUCGUUGCGGACGGAUAUGCCUCGAAAUUCCGCAAAGAUUACCACACACAUACACCAGAGGUCAAGUCGAAGUUUUGGGGGUUGGAGCUGAUUGACGCCGAACUCCCCAUGCCGUUGCACGGUCACGUCUUUAUCGGCAACGGACCACCCGUUCUCAUGUAUCAGAUCGGCACACACGAAACCCGCGCCUUGAUCGAUAUCCCCGACAACCUACCAUCAGCCUCCGUCGAGAAUGGCGGGGKAAAGGGCCACAUGAAGAACGUUGUCCUCCCAUCCCUCCCCAAAGCUGUCCAACCCAGUUUCCUAGCUGCCAUUGAAAAGGGCCGAUUACGAUCAAUGCCCAACUCAUUCCUUCCUUCCACAACCAACAAGACCCGCGGAUUGAUUAUCAUCGGUGACGCAUCGAACAUGCGCCAUCCGUUGACAGGCGGUGGUAUGACGGUAGCACUUAAUGAUGUCGUUGUGCUGCGAGAUUUGCUCAGUCCUGAGAAGGUUCCCACAUUUAAGGAUACGCCUCUAGUCACCAAGACGAUGAAAACGUUCCACUGGCAGAGAAAAAAGACUGCUUCGACCAUCAAUAUCCUAGCGCAAGCUUUGUAUUCAUUAUUUGCCGCAAAUGAUCCAUACCUCAGCAUCCUCCAACGCGGCUGCUUCCGCUACUUUGAGAUGGGCAUGAUCGAAGCACCCUGCGGCAUGCUCGCAGGCCUCAUCAAACAACCCACCGUCCUGAUCCGGCACUUCUUCGCGGUCGCAUUGCUGUCGAUAUGGAUCAACUACACCGAGACUCCAUUCUAUCUCUGGCCCUACGCUUUUUAUCAGGGAUGCGCGGUGCUGUGGACCGCGUGUGAAGUUAUUAUGCCAUAUGUGUUUGCGGAGUUGAAGCGGUAA